UGCGACCGUUCCACAAGUUAAGGUUUUCAGUGAAUUUGUGCCACCUUUCAUUUUCUUGUGUAUUAUUAUUAUUGACAUGGAUAGCCGGUUGCAAGAAAUCCGGGAAAGGCAGAAGCUCAGACGGCAGCUUCUUGCACAACAGCUUGGGGCAGACAGUCCCGACAGCAUCGGCGCUGUUCUCAACAGUAAAGAUGAACAAAAAGAGAUCGAGGAGACCAGAGAAACAUGCAGGGCAUCAUUUGACAGAUCAGUCCCCUGUGCUAAAAGAAAGUGCCAAAAUGAGGAUGAGGAUCUAGAGGAGGACGUGGUGGAGCAAAGGGAAGUUGUUGAGCCCCAGCAGUUGGAGGAGAGCGGGCCAUAUGAAGAGGUGUACAAAGACUCCAGCACUUUCCUUAAGGGCACCCAGAGUCUUAAUCCGCACAAUGAUUAUUGCCAACACUUUGUGGACACAGGUCAUAGACCUCAAAAUUUUAUCAGAGAUGGAGGUUUGGCUGACAGAUUUGAGGAGUACCCCAAACAAAGAGAGCUCAUCCGACUAAAAGAUGAGCUCAUCUCUGCCACCAACACCCCACCCAUGUAUCUUCAAGCAGAUCUGGACAACUUUGAUCUGAGAGAUCUGAACUGUAAAUUUGAUGCAAUUCUGAUAGAGCCUCCAUUAGAGGAGUAUUACAGAGAGUCAGGCAUAAUUGCCAAUGAACGCUUCUGGACCUGGGACGAUAUCAUGAAGCUGGAUAUAGAGGAAAUCUCUUCUAUCCGCUCUUUUGUUUUCCUGUGGUGUGGAUCAGGAGAAGGCCUUGAUCUAGGCAGAAUGUGUCUGAGGAAGUGGGGCUUCAGGCGAUGUGAAGACAUUUGUUGGAUCAAAACCAACAAAAACAACCCUGGCAAGACCAAAACACUGGAUCCUAAAGCCGUGUUCCAAAGAACCAAGGAGCACUGUCUGAUGGGCAUCAAGGGCACAGUUAGACGCAGCACAGAUGGCGAUUUCAUUCAUGCUAAUGUGGAUAUAGACCUGAUCAUUACAGAGGAGCCAGAGAUGGGCAAUAUUGAGAAGCCAGUGGAAAUUUUCCACAUCAUUGAACAUUUCUGCAUGGGCCGUCGACGGCUCCACCUGUUUGGCAGGGACAGCACCAUCAGGCCAGGUUGGUUGACUGUGGGCCCCACCCUGACCAAUAGCAACUUCAACGCAGAAGCUUACUCCACACACUUUAGUGAGCCCAACUCUUACUUGUCUGGUUGUACUGAGGAAAUCGAGAGACUUCGCCCCAAAUCUCCAACUUCUAAAAACAAGGCAGAGAGAGGUGGGGGGGCACCACGUGGAGGAAGGGGCGGUCCCUCCAUAGGAAGAGGAGAUCGCGGUCGAGAGCGAAACCGACUAAACUUCCGUGGAGAUCGAGGUGGAUUCAGAGGCCGUGGAGGCCCACAUCGUGGUUUCCCUCCUCGAUAGUGCACAACAUGCCUUCUUUAAUGUGACGAAAAGUUUUAUGACAUCUGGAUCUGAUAUUUUUGUGCUUGAAAUUCAAAAAUGAGUUGUUGCCUUCCAUUGGAUUGGUGUUGUUUGGGUAGUGUAUUGUAAAAGAGGUUAUAAGCGGGAAUCUUUUUGAAUGGCUAGCGUACAGACUCAUUCCUCUAUGAUUUUUGUGUUAAGUCACAUGAUUACUCAUGUCAAAUUCAUUGUAAGCGCUUUAUUCAACCUCAUGACUCAUUAAACCCACAUUUUAUAAUGAAAAACUGAAAGCAUUAUGACAUAAUUUUUUUAUUCUGGGUUACUAACAGUCACAUAGGACCUGGAAAUAUCAGAUCAUUUUUAAAUCAUGUUAUUCAGGCCUGGAAAAGUCCUAGAAAAAUUGUCCCUAGAAAAGAUUAGUAGUUAUGCUCUUUUCUAAAGUAUGUCAUCAGCAAGAUAUUGCUCUUAAAAUGUGACUAAAAUCUAUAGUGCUGCCUAAUUUGCGAGCGCAUUGCUCUUUUGAGUCUGUACUUUUUAAAGAAUUAGUUAAACAAUUUGGUAUUAUUGAUAAUUUAGCGAAUUUCUCUGAAUUUUAAUUAACCAGUUAUCACAAAUGUUUUCCAAAAGUCAUGGAAAUUCAAUGGUCAAAAAGUGCAGGAACCCUGUUUAUUACUAUUUGUUUGUACAUUUCCAUGUUUUGAUUGGUGUGUCAAACAUCUCGUAUUAAUAUCAGAUAUUCCAACUUCCUGUCUGUCCUGUGGUGGGCAGCAGAACUGAGUUUUGUGAUCAUUGUUGUCAAAGAAGCUUAUUGCUUGCAGUGUUAAUUAAAUGUAUAAUUACUGUCUUUUGCAGUGAAUAAAAACAGAGACCAUU